GAAAGUGUUUAUGUUCCAAAGUAAACAUGAAAUAAAGUUUUCUUAAGCAUUAAUCUAUUAUUAUCAGUUGAAUAUCAUAAUAUGAGUGAUCCCAAGCUUAAAUCUCCGCGGAAACGACGUUCACGCGGUCGCCAGGGAAGGCGGCAAUCAGUACAGCCAAAAACCGACAAACGUGUACUUGCGCAAUCAAAUAGUGUAUUAACGGCGGAGCCCGAGCCUACCAUCCCACGGAAACCCAAACCACAGCUGAAUCCCGAUUACAUUCGUGAAGAGCAGGAGAUUAAAACAUCAUUGCAACGACUUACGACGUCCGAAACAACAACCGUAAACGACUACGAUCGAGAAGUUUCAUUUUUCGUCGCUGCUGUGCCAGAAAAAUUUUACGAUGCUCUGGAUCAUUGCGAUAGUGAAAACAUGCAAGAGCCAGAGGUUCCGCAUGAAAAGUCACCCUCGAUUCAGUCCGCGGGCAACGCGCACGAUUCGCCGACGCAUUUGGCCUCCUCCUACAUUCAGACCGAAGAGGACGAUGUUAUAGAACGAUACCAGAUGCUGAAACUAACGUCAGACGAUUCAAAACUACUGUAUAUUCCGGCGAAAACUUUACCCCUUGCAAGAGCCAAUCUCGAAAAAAUUACCAUCGAUUCAAAUGAUGAUAUCCUUCAAGGAAAAACGGCGAGCAAACCAAACCUUGACGAAGCUAACAAGUCCCGAUUGAUUAAUCGUUUAAUAGAGGAAGAGCAAGAGGAAUGGUUUGACGCCUGUGGCGAUUUGAUUGAUCUACAAAAUUUCGUCGUUGGUAAACGGGUGAAGAGUGUAUGUAGCAAAAAAUUUGUUCCCUACUACGUUGACCUGCUACCGAUCGGAAAAAGCACAGAGCAGCUUCCAGCGGAACGGACCAUAAAGGUGCUGAUUGAUAAAUUGAGAUUCGAGAGCCACCCCUCUUUUGAUGAAGUCGUGAAAAUGCGAUUGCGUUUAGAGCAGCUUUACAAACAGUACUACACUAACAAGCUUCUGAGGGUAGUACCUAAGUUGAGGAAGAAAUUAGAUGCAAUGAGACUUGCAAUGGCUGACGAUGGUGGUGAGUCCAGUUUGUCUUUGAUGUUGCAGCGACGUGAACUGAGGAAGCAAAUUUACCAAGAAGCAAAGGUGAAGCUCCAGCUUGAGAAGGAAAUCGUAGAAAUUUGGACAAAAUUGAAAGACAACAAAACUGACCGUGGCUAUAAACUGAUCAUCACUAAUGAAGAGGUAGAGCAGAAUGAGGCUGACACUCGAUUGAAGCAGCAGCUCGCACUCGAUAUGGAAGAAAGGCUCCAGGAAGAACAAGAAAUUUACAAUAAAGAGAAGCAGGACUACAAAACAUACCUACGAGACCUAGAACAAAACCAGGAUGAGGGCCAAGUGAUAGCUGUCCACAAACCUAAGAAACCUGAUCAAGCACGACUGAAGCAAGAUUUAGAAAAAUCAUUUGCUGAAUCUUUUCGAAACGCAGAAGAACCUGCAAUCGAUUUGCUGCUGCUCAAAAAUCCUGAUGACAUAGAAGGAUCCAAAAUAAACAAAGAUAUGCUAUUCAAGGUGAAAUUCUACAUUGAUAACUGUCACGUUGCAUCGACAAAAGCUCUUCCCUUCCAAAAUAACUUCUUAGUAGAUUUUAACACUUCAUUUUCAAUCAAACUGACUACGAAAAUCCCAUCAGCAAUGAAAAUCGAGUUAUACGAAAAGAACCGUCUCCGGGUCAAACUGAAACUAUUCGAACUUCAAAUUCCAAUUCCUAGCUCAUCCGAUCUGUUCGAAACGGUAAACACUGUAUCGUAUGACUUUUCAUCGGGAAACCUGUUUAAAAAUAACGAAAGCCGAACUGGCAAAAUUGAUAUAAAAGUCGGCUGGCUAGAACAGCUCAAUUCAGGAGCUCCAAGUCCUUCGAAAAGACAAAACAUUCCAAAACAUGCUCAACUUUCGAAAGACCUCAUUGAAAAAUGGCUUGACGAACAGACAUUUGAUCCCAACAAUUCCGAAGCGGAGCAAAUAAUAGAGACGUUGGAAAAACAUCACGCUGAAGAUGACGCGGAAGGUCAUAAAGAUGAUCGCCAGGAAAAAGACGAGCCGUUUGUUUUCAACGAAGAUCUUCUAGCGUUCUGCUCGGAAGAGGAGAUCAACAACAAUGAACGCUUGAACAUGCUGAGUCAACGAUUCAACAACAACCUCAAAUACAAGAAUAUCAAAUUCAUCCCGCAAAUCGAACGGGAAAUCGAGAUCCCCGAGGAAACGAAAAUAAUCGACGAAACCCUCGGUACCGAUCCGAUCGAUUUGCAGAGACAUCGGGGUAAAAAGUAUCUCAAAAAGGUUUACGAUACAAUCACCAACCACUGUGCGGUGAUCAAUCAUGACAAGGUUAACGAUAAUCUACUAGUCGGGGAACAGAUCCCGACUUUUGGAUCUCUUAGUUUGGCAUUUUUCGAAAUCUUUGGUCCACGAAGACCACUCAAACCCGCCCGACGGUCUCCGCUUAGCAGAGCUUCAAUUCGGGUGUCCGACGUUAAUCAGUUUAAAGUUAUUGUUACCGUAGUGAGAGCUUUUGGAAUACCUACCCGCUUGGACGAUCAACCAAGUGCUUCAGCUGGACGCAGGAAUAGUAAUCUAUCCGCAACCAAAUUUUCGACCCGCUCAUCGAACGUCCGUCCCUAUAUAACAAUAUCCAUCAAGGACAAACUGCUGCGAACCUCCACGGGAGAUGGAACAAAUCCCACGUGGAACGAGCGAUUAGCGAUUCCGUUGGACGCCACGGGCGAUCAGAUCCGCCGAUAUCUGAACGUGGAUCUGUACGAUGAGUUCAUGGAAGAUCUACUGGAGGACGAUAGAGCUCGGCCAACCGAAGUCUAUCAGAGAAUUUCGAGUAAAUGGCUGGGGCAGCUCAGGAUACCGAUAAGUACAAUUUACCUUAACCAAAGAAUUGAAGGCACCUUUGAAAUCAAAACUCCCUUGAUUCUUUUUGGUUACUCGAGGAGCAGUGACGACUCGCCGGAGUAUACGUCGAUGCUAAUCGGAUCUACCAUGCCGGAUUUACGCGAACUCACCCACAUUUCCUUAUUCAUUAACCUGGAACCGAAUGUGGAAAUUCCCUGCUUUGACACAAACCAGCUCGAGUGUGUGGAAUUGGAGCAAACCAAGACGCGGAUUUAUUUGUGGUAUGAAGAGUACCGGAAUGAAUUUCCGCAAAGAGCAAAGUUACCGUUAGUAACGCUACUCAGUGGAAAGCGUGUUUGCGUCACGAGGUUACUGGGUCCUAUCACCGUACCCUUUUGUAUCGACGAGAACGUAGAACGAAUGAUAAGGCGAUACGUUUCGCUUAUUCCAAUCCACUACAACACAGACGCAUGUUCGCAACUGGGGGGAGUUUGGCUAACCAACAGAGAAAUAAUGAAUGUAAUGUGUGCUUCACCAAAAGAUUUAGGAGUUCUAUUGGCGUGUUUCUACACCAGUUUAGAAUACGAGGUUUAUCUUGUUCUAGGACACAGUCUGCUGGCAGGCGACUGUACAUUUGUCUUACUUCGUGAAGGCGGUGAGUUUUUCCUGGUAGACCCAACAAACGGUAAACGAUACAACAGCACCGACACCUACUGUCCACUAAGUAAAAUUUACUACAUCGUCAAUCAAGACAACGUGUGGGGAAAUAUCCAAAAAGAAAAUCGAGUCUUUCUAACGCAGCUGGAUGUUAAUCGAUCGGCUUACUGGAGACCACUUUUCAAUAGAUCCCACGAAGCUCCUACAGGGUGUGUUCACGAUGGCAACUUUUUAUACAAAACAGCUCUCAGUGUUUCGGACUUACAGCGAACUAUUGAAAGGAAGAUUAUGAAAAAGGUUGGAGUCUGGCGGACUCAUCGGAAAACAAUUUGGAAUCGUUACAUCAGCGAGCAACUUCACCAUGCUUUGCCCAGUUUAGAAUUGGACACUUGCCUCGAAACCAAUACAGAUCGUCAUCUAGAAUCAUUUGACCAAUUGUUUGCGCCGUACAAAGUGAAUGGAUUUCCGAUAAAUCUUCCUUACACCAAUUUAUCCACAGUCGUGGCACACGUGAAAAGCACAGGAAUUCAUCUUAACUCUGACAACAAGGUAGAAUUUGCGCUUGGUUUGUACAUUAAGGAUUACCCCAGUAAUAUCUAUUCGGUGUGGAUUCUUCUCCUCUCUCUAACGCCUAGGAUUUAGGAUAUGCAAAUAUUACCGUAAAUGUAAACGUAACGCCACGAUCAUUACUUUCUGACUCACUUUGCCAGCCUUAGAACCGCAACGUUCCAUUUUUCGCACCACGUCGGCUCCACUGAUUACAUUCCCAAACACGACGUGUUUUCCGUCCAACCAAUCAGUUCUAAAACAAAAUUAUGUUGAAUUGACCAAAUGAAAAAAUAGCGCUAACUUACUUUUCAGUGCAGAUGAAGAAUUGCGAGCCGUUAGUGUUAGGGCCGGAAUUCGCCAUCGAAAGAACGCCGAAACCCGUGUGUUUAAGAAUGAAGUUUUCAUCGGCAAACUUUUUUCCGUAAAUGGAUUUUCCACCCGUUCCGUUGUUCGCGGUAAAAUCUCCUCCUUGGCACAUCUGAAAAAAAUAAAUACAAAAUGAAAA